AUGGAGUCGGGAGUGCCUUUCGUCGCGCCGGUGGACGCACGGGCGGAGGCACCUGCGGAGGCACGUGCAGGGGAAGUCUCAGGGGACGACGCCGUGUUCGAACAGUACGCGCGGCUGUCGCUCCAAGAAGGAGAAGACGACACCGACGAUUGGGGGGAUAUGUAUCUCGUGGACGAUGUCGACGACGACGAGGACGACGAUGAAGACGACGACGAGGAUGGCGAGGCUUAUGUGGCGGAGGAAGGCACCGAAGAUACUCGCUAUUAUUCGGCGCCUGAUGAAUCGGAUGUUUCGAGCGUGAUGGAAGAGAUUCAACAGACACAGGGGCACGAGGAUGGUGAUGAUAUCGAAAUAACGCAGGUCGUCACUCGCGACGCGCGUGGUAUGGAGUCACAUGGAUCUGCCCAAGAUACGUUGCGAGCUAUGAAUUCUCAAGCUAUUGGCGCUCGGCGAGAACCGAACGGUCAGCCGCGUCCGGCAACGACUGAUUACACGAAUAUGUCCGAUACAGAAUUCGAACAACGAUUCCAAGCGAUGUUGAGAGAGAGGCAACGACGAGGUCGCCCAUGGGAACAAGAGGAUGACGCGCAAAAUGACACCCAACACGCUGCUGAAGCUCGCGAGCCGGCGGACCGAAGGAUGGCGCGGCGUGUGCGCCCACGUACCGCGCGUCGCCCUCGCAGACGUCGCGUUAUAGUCGACGGACAACAGACACUUGAUGGAUUCAUUCGACACGCUCGAGACAUGGACCAUGACGUCAUGAUCGAGCGUGCGCAGCCAUCGCGCCCGAGUAGAACGUUGGAUGUCGAGCAAGUCUGCCCCAAUCUGCCUCGCACGGCGGAAUCUUUGUAUGAGAAUUGGGAGAACACAGCCCAGAAACUCAUCCCCGACGGGGUGUCUAUUUACAGCAAUUUUCUCUACGCUUUCGGAGACGAUACUGAUGAGGGUCGCCGAUAUAGAAGAGAGGAAAUCAUGCGAAUCGGUGAAGUUUUACUGCAGUUCGAACAAACGAAGAAACCGGGCCAACAGGCUAUCUUGAAGGGACGGGAACGCGAGGGUAAGACGGGCGCUCUAUUUUCGACCGCGCUUUUAGCGCUCAUUCUGCGCAUGCGAGUCGUCAUCCUCUGCGCACCAAACAAAGUAGCGCCCAUCGUUGACAUGGUACAAAAGCUCCAACGCGCUGGAUUCGCAUCAAUGUUCAACACGAAGCACACUUUGGGGAAAAAGGCGACCGAAGAUAAUGAUUUGCCGUCGGCAGAGGUUGGUCAGAUUUUCGUCGCUGCUCUUGGCACGGUUGGCGAUUUAAAGAAGGUGAAAAGUUUCAUCGAAGGUGAGCGGAAAGGGGGGCAUUUGACCGUGACGCUUGUCGAUGAAUGCGAUGAAUUAACGCAAGGAAAAGGACAAAAGUCUAUUCUCGUCCCUCACCGGGAGAAUUACGAAAAUUACCAACACUACAUAGAUCUGGAACAACGCGGUGAAGACGACCAAGAACACGCGUUUGUUUCGGCUACCAGUCUCACGGCUCGACAAAAGUCGGUGAAAGAGAAACUCGCAGCGGCGUCAUGUUUCUUCAAAGAAUACGUUUAUCCCAAGACUCAAUUAAUCGCGUGUUCGGCUACCCUCAUUGGGUAUAUAAUGAAUCCAGUGGGCGUGUUCCGCAACGACUUGGUGACACCAAUUUUCGAAGUGUUCCCGAAAAUUGGAUACGCAGGCAUAAACAAAUUUGAGAUUCCCGAAGGCUGUGAGUUGGAGCAAGAGGGCAACAUGAGUAUCGAUGCGUUCAAUGAAUCAUCAGCGGCCAAUCGGCUACUCGAGCGCUUCUAUCGUAGAGAGAACGCGUGCGAUGGCAGGGUUCUUCAGCCGAGAGAGCGUAGUGGAGCAAGGCCGAUGACGCUUCGCGGAAUGCUUUUCAUAUCAUGCCACACGGCUGUGAAUGUUGCCGGCGGCGUCGAUGACUUCGCGAAAGCGAUCGAACGCACAGUCAACGGAUGGGGUACCGAACUCGAUCCACAAACGACGUUGUUUGUGUGUUUCGUGGGAAAGCCUCGAGUUCGCUUUGCCGGCAAGUGGUUGCAAAUGAAAACGGGUGCUUCAUUCGAAACAAUUUACAACGAGACGGCGAAACGAGCACGACAGGGCAAGUUUGACAACGUUCGUCUCGGCCCGAAUGAACCUUUCAGCAAGAUUUGCACGCAUUGCGUAUUGAUUGGAUAUUCCAUGACCCGUCGCGCGAUGACUGCCGCGUUCUCGCCUCAAGACGAACCUGAUGUGUUGUGCAAAAUUCAGUAUGGCAUUUUGACGGCGCCGAAAUCCUUGGUCAUCGAUGCUGUCAGUCAACGAAUCAACAGACCAUCGCAUGAGUUCGCAGAGCACGACGUUCCCGACGACUAUUGCAUCGAUGUUGCGAUGAGUCCCGUGACUUUGGAAAUUUGCAAAGCGUAUCGCGCGAUGGAAGACGAAAUGUCGAAGAAGCAACGAGAGUCUCCCGUCAUACACAGCGAGUUCAUACAGAGUAUCAAUGUAUACGCGCGCAAUUUGGAAGACGUAAAGAUCUCGAAGCGAGGUCUCCGUCUGGGUGACUUGAGUGCGACUGGACGCAAGCAACGAGCGAGAGAAAAACUCUCCGUCAAUCCCGAUCAUAUUCCGUUCCUUCAAGCCUUCAAGGAGUGGCUCAGCGAGUACGAGUAUGUUCGCGAUGAACGCUACGCUACCUCUUCUGUGGAGAGCUAUUACGCCAUAGUGAAACAAUUGUUCACGCCCGACUCAGAAGUCGAAACCAUCUAUGAGUCGGCGCAAGACAGAAUCGUGCAACUCACCGCUGAAGAGAACCCCACCGUUCAUCACAAUCACAUCCAGGCGAACAAGCGUUUUUGCGAGUUUUACGAAGAACGGCGCCGCCAGGCGGGCGCAGACGCGGCGUGA